AUGUUGAAACGUAUUUCGCUCGGUCUCCUUUUGCUCGUUUUGCACUUGGGCGCCGAGGCGUUCGAGUGCUACACUUGCAAUACCGAAAGGACGAGGACUGGUCCCUGUAUUGAUAGGGUGAGUAGAGCUAUUCUCAAAGAACUAGGGAUGGGCGAAUAACCUAGAGCCCAAACGACCCGAGCUUUGACUCAUAGAACCUCAAUUUUGGUCAAAGCUGGCAAAAGGCCGGAAGGUCUGUCGCGGACUUGACUUUUGACCGACUUAAAAUAAUCCGAUCGGACCCACACAUCGAAAAUUGCGUCCUUUUCGGCUUUGCCACAUUCGAUCGGUCUGAAACUUGGACCCAAUAUACUUCAAUCCAAGUCCAAAAAUCCUGCAAAGUUUGGGUCUACAAUAAUAUCAUCAUACUCAUGUUUCCGAUAGCACGGAAUUCCAAUCCCCUCAAAAUUCCAGAAGACAAUAUGCGAGAAUUCGACAUCGUGCUCGAUGGCAGUCAUGUACCAAUCGGGCCGUUCGAUCGUCCGCAAGUUCUGCACGCCGCCCAACACGCCCAUCUACCAGUACCUGAUGAUGAUGCCCGGCGCGUCCAUGUGCCAGAACAUUGACAUGACCGAGAUGGCGCCGCCCGUCCGCCACCGUCGUCACGUCACCGGACCACCCGCGUCUCCCGGAGAGCAGGCCUCGUUGCUCUGCGUGUGCACCACACCGCUUUGCAAUAAGGGAGUCUACUCAAAGGUACUUAUGACUGGCAAUGGAUCGGUUACAUACAUUAGUUCGUUGUUCAGGUGCUGGAGAACACAAUGCUCAACAACUUGCCACGUCGUCUUCUGCCUCCACUUCAGAACUUUGAGAAGGAGCUCAAGUCGGAGCAGAACAUCGAGUUCGACGACACGAUGGAACAGCAGAUGGCCGACGCCGGAUUCUAG